AACCAUCAACGUGAUGCUUGAGGAGAAACAUAAACUAUUCUAGAGAAUCGCACGUUCGAAAUAAGACCGAUCUCUUCUGCACUGCAAAGGUACUAUUCUUCCAUUUUAAUUGUUGGACAUGCCACCUCAAAUGGAUUAUUAUUGUGAAGAAUCCCGCGUCCCCUCUUCUUGCGGACUGAUGAGCCAAGAGGCCAGGUUGGAGAGGGAGCCAGCGGCUAUCAGCUGUAUGCUGGUGGGGGACGGGGCUGUGGGGAAGACGAGCAUGAUAGUCAGUUACACCACAAAUGGAUACCCCACGGACUACAAACAGACAGGCUUUGACGUCUUUUCUGGUGAGUACCUUUAAAUUACUCAAAAACAUAAAAUAAAAUAAACCUUGUAGCCUAAGUUUAUAACCUUAUAAUAGCCUAAUUUAUAAGAAUUUAAUAACUGAAUGUAUUGUUUUCUACUAGGUUAAUUCAUUGUAAAUGAUCAUUGUUUAUGGAAAUAUGGCCUAUGAUUUACAAACCCAGACUAUGUACAAACUUGAGUUAUAAAAUAAUUGUAUUCUUCUGUUUUCUUCAACAGGUCAAGUCGAAGUAGAGGGAGCCCCAGUCAGAAUACAACUACUGGACACAGCUGGACAGGUAAGAAUAUCAGCCUGAAUAGGUUAUUCUUGAAUCUCAUUAGUCCAAUUUAACGACAACCGUUUGAAACGUGUUGGAAUGGAACAUCCGUGUGCUUUGUAGAAUCAGUCACAAAUGUGACAAACAGAUUUAGUGACAGGAAACGAUCAGUCUUUCACAUGUAGCAGCAGUAGAUUGGUUCUAAAGGCUACCACAUGUCAUACUGUGUGAGACAUCGUCUCUCUCUCUCUCUCUGUCACGGCGUCCAUUGUUGUUGUUCAGACCCCCAAGACAGCAUUCACAUUCACACGCUCUGCUGAAUCAGCUAACCCGACCCCUCUCUCCGCUCUCUCUCUCUACCUUGACAUUUCCAGGAGGUGUUUGAUGAUUUCCGCUCCCUCUCCUACUCCCACACGGACGUCUUCCUGCUCUGCUUCAGUGUGGUCAACCCCGCCUCCUUCCACAAUGUCACCAACAAGUGGAUCCCCGAGAUCCGAGCCUGCAACCCCUCAGCUCCCAUCAUCCUCGUGGGCACCCAGUCCGACCUCCUGCUGGACGUCAACGUCCUGAUCAACCUGGACCACUGCGGGGUCAAACCGGUGCUGACCCCUCGGGCACACAGCAUGGCAGAUAAAAUCAGAGCAGGCGGCCUAUGUGGAGUGUUCUUCGUUGACGCAGAAGAACUUAAAAGAGGCGUUCGACGCGGCCAUCUUUGCUGCCAUCAAACACAAGGCCAGGAAGGAGAAGAAGAGGCAGCUGUCGGACAGACGCUCCAAGGCCUUCUCUAAAUGCAGCUGGAAGAAGUUCUUCUGUUUUAUCUGA